CUCCCCUUGAUGCUGUUUGUGAUUGCCGUCUACGCUGUGUCGAUCGCUACCACCCGAAGCACGCGACCUCCUUCCUGAAUUGCAUCUCAGUCUUCAUACCUGACAUACCCACAUACUCCAGACUGACUCCCUGGCCUGGUCGCCGAUAUAAUCCAGCGAGAUACAAGGACUUUUCGUGAGAGACUUUGAUGGUCCACGAUUGUCGCAAUCACGUACCCAAUUAGCAGACAUCUGAUACGCCGCAAUGCGCUUAUGCACAUGUGCAGCCACUGUUGCUACCGCAUCCCUCUUCCUAUCUUCUCUCGCUGUACCGACCCCAGAGAACACCUCUUUGGUUCGAAACUCACCAGUCGGUCGAAUUGAAUCGCGCGGGGACAAGAAGCCCAGCACAAAGUACUUUUAUGAGCCUGGAGGCAGCCUAACACUCGGCCACUAUGACAAGCGCUACUUCAAAGGCAUUGUAUCCGACGACGAGCGGACUGAUACUCAGAAACACAUGAUCCGUGCCUACUUGAACUUUUUCCGCGAAAACGACCUGGAUACUUGGAUCGCGCAUGGAACAUUGUUAGGAUGGUGGUGGAAUGGAAAGCGUCUCCCCUGGGACUUUGAUCUUGACACCCAAGUCGCCGACGGCACACUACAGCAUAUCGGCAGGGUCCACAACCAAACAAAGUACCCAUACGUAUCCUACGACGGCAUAGUGCAACGAGAAUACCUUUUAGACGUCAACCCAUGGAUAUGGGAGCGCGAACGCGGCGACGGCGCAAACAUCAUCGAUGCACGAUGGAUCGAUACCCGCAACGGCCUAUUCAUUGAUAUUACGGGGCUCAGCGAAACACAUCCGAAAGAGCGUCCUGGCGAAUGGGUCUGCAAGAACUACCACCGAUACCAAACUUCAGAUCUGUAUCCCAUGCGUGAAACCAUGUUCGAAGGUGUCGUGGCCAAGGUGCCAUACAAUUACGACAAGAUACUCGUAGACGAGUAUCAAGAAAAAGCUUUGGUAGUGACCGAGUUCAAUGGGCACCGAUGGGAUCCGGCGAUAAGAGAAUGGGUCAGGUCGCAAGAGGUGGCGGAUAAGGAAGAAGCGGAGCGCAAGAAGCAGGCAGAAGAGGCGGCGAAGAAGGCGAAUAAGGAGGCAAAGUCAGGUUAAUUUAAUAAGGGCUAAUAAGGGGCGCACAACACAUUUUUGGGAAACUAGAUGGCAUGCAUAUUAAUAAUGGGUUCUGCAUAUGUAGGUGUUUGCUAGAGUGUAGUUUUAUAUCCCGUUAGAAGAAUGAGGGAGCAUGUAUAUGAAUAUGAUCGCAUGAAUUCGCU